AUAACAACUCUCGCUAGGGCUACUGUGCUGAUGUUACCUGAAUGUCCCCCUAGCCAAGUCCCAACCAGCAUAGUCGUACAUGAGGUGGAACCAACUAAGGGACCUGACUCAGAACCACCUAUGCUUAUUCAAGAACAGAAGGAGGAGGAAGUUUUCCUAUGGCAAUAAGCGACCAUCUCCUUAAUUGUGUUGAAGACACACCUCGAGAGGAACCUAUUUUGGAGGAGAUAGAGCCCACUACCUACCCCCAAGUUCAAGAGUCUGAGGAGGAAUCUAUAGACGAGGAAAUACUGUGCAUGGACAAACCAACAUCGUCUAUAGAAACCUGCGCAAAUAAUAAUUCAUCAGAAGAUUCAGACCAAACUUUCUUUGAUUCCCUACUUGACGGGUAUGACUAUGUCUGCCCGAAGGAUGGUUGGAACUUAAAGAGUUGGGAUGAACUUCUGAUGGAUGUUGCUUGGAUGAUUCUGCAUGGAAACCGCCGCACAUUACAGAAUCUGGAAGAGCUCCCCUUGCACUCAGAGGAAGCGAAGAAGAAGUUUCUCACUUGGGGAAACACGAAGAUGCUCCAGUGCAUAUCUGGACGAACAAGGGCGCAGGACAUUGAUGACCUACUGUACGACCCAAAAUGGAGAAUUCUUCUAUUCUUGCAUGCACUAGCCAGCUUGGAAGCCACCAUCGAGUUUCUUUGUUCCCUCCGCUUCCUCAAUAACGGAGAGGAGGCAACGUCAUCGGGCGAAGUCAUCUCCACCACAAAGAGUCUGGAAGCACGCGUACCAGUCAAUUUAGCAACCUUUGUGGCUCGAUUCGUGUUUGCUCAGUCUACUUGCGACCGCCAGUUUGUCUUGUGUGGGCCAAUGGUUACGCUCCUGGCCCGGGGAUUACGUAUGUCAGUUCCCAAUGUUCUCCUAGAAGCUGCAAGCAUGUUCCGACCACUGACAGGGUAUUUGGCCCAGAUUGCCUAUAAUAAGGAAGAUAAGGAGGCACGUCCAAGGCGGCAUCAUACCAUUCCUAUUUCUCUUUGCGAGCUUUCACAGGCUAUGUUUGCAUUCCAGGAUUCCGUGGACUCUCGUUUGAGGAGCAUAGAGACGCUCCUUCUCACGUAGCAAUGGCAGGUGGAGGAAAUACUUGACUACAUCUGAGAACAAGGAGCAAAGAAAAUGGAGCAUGAGGCAGGAACUUCCGGAGAUUAUUUCGAAGAAGAUUGGGCGUCGGAAGCUCGAAGUUGAUAGGGGUGACCGUACGUUGAACGUUCGUUGAGGCGUAUUAUUUUCUUUCCAUCAUUUCCGACCUCUACGAUAUCAAGGCGAGUACACUGCACCCU